AUGGUCGCCCAGCUAACAAGCCAGAACCUACAAGAAGUCGUAGAAAAACGGAAAAUAGCCGUGUAUGCGGGCGUAGACCCUUCCGCAGCGUCGCUCCAUGUCGGAAACUUGGCUGUUUUGAUUACACUUCUCCAUUUCCAUCUCAAUGGCCACAAGGUCAUCUCUCUGAUCGGAGGAGCCACGGGCCAAGUAGGAGACCCAGGUGGACGAACCACCGAACGAGACUUGAUGGCACAGGAGCUUGUGCGCACAAAUACAGAAUCCAUCACCAGACAAGUCGAGAACUUCUUUGCUAGUGCGCGCGAAUAUGCCGCACGGAGACGAAAAGACCAAGAGUCGUCUCCUCCAACCAUCCUUAACAAUGCAUCCUGGCAUUCCCAACUAUCAUUCCUAUCCUUUCUACGCUUUCCUGGAAAGCUUGUUCGGGUCAACUCGCUGCUCAGUCGCGAGAGCAUCAAAGCAAGACUGGAUUCGACCCAAGGCAUAUCUUUUGCUGAAUUUACGUACCAGCUCUUGCAGGCAUAUGACUUUUGGAUCCUUCACAAGGAGCACGACGUCUCCCUUCAAAUCGGCGGGAGUGACCAGUGGGGUAACAUUGUUAGCGGCGUAGAGCUCAUUAGAAGAGAAAAGGCCCUCUCCUCUCCACAAGUAGAAACAAGCGACACCCCAGAUCAAGACUCGGCAUAUGGUCUCACUAUCCCACUGCUCACGACGUCGAGUGGAGAAAAGUUUGGCAAAAGCGCCGGAAAUGCUAUAUGGCUUGACUCGAAGAUGACUAGUAUCUUUGACUUUUACCAAUUUUUCGUCCGGGUGGCUGAUGCAGACGUGCCCUUAUAUCUGCAAAGCCUGACGCUACUUUCCGUCGAAGAGAUUGAGUCAAUUUGUAAAGAGCAUGCUCUUCAUCCAGAGAAGCGCAUCGCUCAACGAAAGCUCGCCGCAGAAGUCACCGAGCUGAUUCACGGGGAUUCCGCUGCCAAAGGCGCCCAAAUGGCCUCGACAAUCCUUUUCGAGCCUACGUCGCACACCGCUCUCGGAGAUGAUCUUACCCAAAUAUCACUAUUAUUGGGUGCAAUUGGCGAAAACCAUCCACGGGUGCGCAAGAUUGCCUCCGAGCAACUUGGCGCACCCCUCACAAAAAUCGCAUCGUCGCUUGGCCUGGUGGCAUCACACGGGAAAGCUCGUGCACUCCUGCAAGCGGGCGGACUCUAUCUCAAUAACGUCAGAGUAACCCAGUUGGACAAGCAACUCGAGGCCAGUGACUUUAUGGGCAACAAGAUUGCCAUCUUACGGGCUGGCAAAGAGGAACAUCUGAUACUCGAGCUUGUCUCGCGAUGA